CUCUCUCGCGCUCCGGCCAGUCCAGUCAGUCACACACUGGCAAGGAGGAUACGCACCUGUGGGCCCGUCGCAGCUGCCCACGUCUCUCUCCAUUUCCGCGUCGCCCAUUCAUCUGGGUCCGCAGCCCCUUUUGGCCCCCCCGCCCGCCCCCGGACGGACAGGGCAACUAAUGACCUGACUCGCUGAUUGGCCAUCUGGUUGAACAUGAGAGAAGUCAAGCCCGUUAACGGCUGGCGGUGCGUCUGGCUGCUCCUCGUCCUCUUCCAUCUGGUGGCCUCCUCCAGAACACAUCGAGAGCAUAAGGUGCACAACAUCGUGCUGUACCCUGGCAAGCACUCGUGGUGCAAGACCACCCCGAUCAAGCAGGUGGUGGCGUGGCCAGGCUGCGUGGCCAAGGAGAUCGACAACAAUGUGUGCGUGGGCGCGUGCUUCAGCUACACGAUCCCGCAGACCCAGCCCAGUGCACCGGGUGACGUCAUCUCGCCCUACUGCGACUCCUGCCAGGCCUCCGAGGUCUCGUGGAUGGACGUAACCCUGGAUUGUGACCCUGACGAGAGCGAAACCAAGUUGCUGGAGCUGGCGAAGGACCAACAAACGUCAGAGGAGCAGAACAGCACGCGUCCGUUCGUGCAGAUGAAGAAGAAGGUGCAGAUCAUCGCCAAUUGCAGCUGCAGCUCGUGCUCCAACGGCGGCGGCCACCACCACGGCCACGGGGGAGGCGGCCACGGCCACCACCAGCAGCACCUGCUGCACCACCACGAGUCGGAGACGCCGGAGCUGGUGCAUCAGCAACAGGACGUGCCCGAGCUCAUGGGCCUGGUCAAGGAGAUCCAGUUCAGGCAAAACAGCAGACACGCGGGCCCGCACCCCCACUUCAGGGUUAACAACCACACUCUGCAUCAGUUACUGGUCGACUCUAACAUCCCCGAGGGGCAAAUUGGGCAUCAACUGGGCGUGAAGGCCGAUUCGGAAGAAGAGCCUGAGGUAUCCGACGACGAAGUGGAGCACACAAGCCCUUCGGCUGAGCCACCACCGGAGACGACGUUCAACGCGGCAGCCGAGUCGCUGUCACUGCCCAAGUCGGCGUUUGAGCACCCCGGCGGCCACCACCCGGCCACGCACCUCGAGGUGGCCCACGAGAAACUGCACCCGGCGCAUGAGGGCACGGAGGUCAGCUACCACGAGAACCUCAUCAACCCCGAACCCAUCCAGGAAAGCGAACACGCAGACCAAAGCAAGGGACAGUUUUCUUAAAGAGCUGGUAUGAAGAUUGCAAGCGUUCAACAUGAAAAGAUAAAUCAAGAUAACUCCAACGAGUAACCCUCCGAACUUGCUUGAAACGCGCAUCUCCCUGUUCUCUGUUCAUUUUACAGCACACGCAUAAUAUAAUAUAUUAUAUAAAAGUAGGUUAUAUUAUUAUAUACACAUAGCUCAUGUAAACUAAUAUCCAUACCAAAUGCGCUGAGAAGUUACAUACCAAACGUGCCACGGAAAUUAAAUUUUGAGCUCGCAAUUUUCAUGUAAUUACCAAAUAUUUUACUAACAAUCAAAAAAUUUGCUUACAAAUUAAUUGUUAUUGUACAUGGAAGAAAAGAAGAAUAAUGUUGAAUUUGUUUGUACUCUGCGGAAUAUUAAACAUUUCUGUGUUUUUUGUAAUAAUUUCUUGCUCACAAAGAGAGGCUUGUAAUUGAUUAGCUAGUUUUAGGAGCUUAAUAAGAGAAAGCGACGCUGAAUGAUUCUUACUCGAGGCUGUGCACGAUAUGUUUUUUAAUCUACGUUUUGUGGGAAAAUCCGUAUUGCAGACGAGCUUGUGGUCGGUCGCCUGCGCCGCGUGUUCGUCUCUCUCGAAUGAAAUGCAUGCGAAGACACACGCACACACACCCGGCAUAUUAUGCAAAGUAAUAUCGAUUCGCGGCAGCAGGUUGAGUUGUACACACACAGACACAAUCACAGAAGAUAUGAAAAAUAAAACCGCAAUUGUAUUUUUCAAAGCUGA